AUUAAAACCUAAUGGGUCUCUUUGGAAAGGACAAGCCAAGUCAACCAACGAAGGAAAAAGUUCGAGAAUGGACCGCAAAAGUUCGUCAGGAGGGUCGUCAACUCGAACGGCAGAUUAGAGGUAUUGAGAGAGAAAAACAAAAAGUAGAACUGGCCAUUAAGAGUGCCGCGAAAAAAAAGGACAUUGACUCUAUUAAGAUUCUAGCUAGAGAAAUCGUUCAGAGUAAGAAAGCUAUAAGUAAAAUAUAUGCAGCAAAAGCUCAUCUGACAACUAUUGAAAAUGGAAUGAACGCUCAACUAGCAACCAUAAGAACGGCUGGUUGUAUACAAAGAAGCACUGAAGUAAUGUCCAGCAUGCAAAGAUUGGUAAAAGUGCCUGAAAUUCAGAACACUAUGCGAGAACUAUCAAAAGAAAUGACACGCGCGGGUAUCAUUGAAGAAAUGAUUGAGGAUACUUUCGAAGACAUUGAUCAAGAAGAUAUGGAAGAUGAAGUCGAAAAAGAAGUUGAGGCCGUUGUUAAUGAAAUAAUAGGAGAACCUCUUAAAAGGGCUCCUACUGCUGUUAAUGACUCCCUACCUGUUGUGGAAGAGCCGCAAGAAGAGGAUGCAGAAGAUAUGUCAGAAAUGCAGGCUCGCCUGCAAGCCUUAAGAAGCUAG